AUGAGUAUGCAGGGGAAUGUUGACUGUCCGCAAUAUCCCGGCGAGGACACCAGACCAACUAGCAAGAAGGAGCUUGCUGGUUGGUACUGCUAUGGCUGGGCCGCUGAGGUAUUCGUUGUCUGUGCCGUGGGUUCAUUCCUCCCGAUAACGCUUGAGCAAAUGGCGCGGGAUCGGGGUGUUCUGCUUUCUGAUAGAACUACCCCAUGCAGUGCAAGCUGGAGCCCGUCGCUGCCAUCUCCAGAUUCGGAUGCACUGGAUUAUCGUCCCAAAAUAUCGGAUGGCCAGUGCAUCAUCUAUUUUCUCGGCGCUGAGAUCAACACUGCAAGUUUUGCCUUGUAUACCUUUUCAUUGAGCGUUUUAGUUCAAGCAGUCCUGAUAAUCUCGAUGUCGGGGGCUGCUGAUCAUGGUAGCUAUCGCAAGAAACUCCUGGUUAUCUUUGCAUUCAUUGGCUCGAUUGCGACAAUGUUGUUUUUGGCUGUAGUCCCCAAGGUCUACCUAUUAGGCGCACUGCUUGCAAUUAUUUCCAACACUUGUUUUGGUGCAUCUUUCGUUCUUUUGAACUCAUUCCUGCCUGUUUUGGUCCGCCAUCAUACAUCGAUUAGGGAAAUCGAAGGAACCACUGCGGUGGAUGACCACAGGACGAGUUGUGGAGACGGCCUCUUAGCCACUUCGACCAGCGAUAUUGAUCGAAGGAAUCCAGAUGACACUACACCGCUAUUGGGGUCCGACAGGGAAAGCACAGAGGUGUUUCCUGCUACCAUCCCUUCUUUGGAGCUCAAACUUUCCACCCGAAUAUCGUCCAAUGGCAUUGGUAUAGGCUAUAUCGGUGCAGUGAUCCUACAAGUGUUCUCUAUCUUGGUGGUUAUGUCCGUGCGUCCAGCAACGUUCUCCUUGCGCCUUGUACUUUUUCUCAUAGGACUGUGGUGGUUUGUAUUUACCAUCCCAGCAGCCUUAUGGCUACGCACUCGGCCAGGUCCGCCUUUAUUGGGUGCUGAUGGCAAACCGCUCCAGUCUUGGAUUGGAUAUAUGGGAUACGCUUGGAAGUCUCUUGGAAAGACCGUCGCACGAGCACGACAGUUAAAGGACAUUUUGAUAUUCCUGGCGGCCUGGUUCCUCCUCAGUGAUGGAAUCGCUACCGUUAGUGGCACUGCUGUCCUAUUCGCAAAGACACAACUGGAUAUGAAGCCUGCUGCCCUGGGGUUGAUCAAUGUGAUCGUUAUGCUUGCAGGGGUAUUUGGUGCAUUCUCAUGGAGUUAUGUGUCAAAUCUCUUCAAUCUCCGGCCCUCGCAGACAAUCAUUGCGUGUAUCAUUCUGUUUGAGCUUAUUCCACUGUAUGGACUUCUUGGGUUUAUCCCGGCUGUUCAACGUGUGGGACUCGGUCUUCACCAGCCUUGGGAAAUGUAUCCUUUGGGGGCCGUUUAUGGUCUCGUCAUGGGUGGCCUCUCUUCAUAUUGUCGAAGCUUCUUUGGUCAACUCAUUCCUCCGGGUUACGAAGCGGCGUUCUAUGCGCUCUAUGCAAUCACGGACAAAGGAUCUAGCAUUUUCGGACCAGCCAUUGUGGGCGCCAUUACAGAUCGCUAUGGUGAGAUUCGACCGGCAUUUGUGUUCCUAGCUGUAUUGAUUAUUGUCCCAUUGCCACUCAUGCUGAUGGUGGAUGUUGACCGCGGAAGACGGGACGCCAUAGUGUUGGGGGCUGAGUUGGAUCGUCUACCUAAAGGAUCCAGAGAUGAUGGGUGCAUAUCUGACAGUCGAGCUGGAGUGACAGAGGAUAUAGGAGAGUGA